UGGAUCAUCAUCAAAGGCCAACUUGUCAGGGAUUCCAAAUGUAAUAAAUGUUGUUUUUCGGAGACUGACAAUUAUUCCUUUGAAUAAUGAAAACGGAAACGCAUUAUAUAGGCUUAUAUCAAAUUAGUUAAGUAAGGAAACUGAUUCUUUAAGUUUAAGUGGAAAUAAUAUUAUUUCAUCCCCUCCAAUUCUCAUUACAAACAAAUAUGUGCAGAAAUAAUGCUUUAAAAUACUUGCAUUCAUAUGUUGUCUAAGCAAAACAUUCUAACUGAUUUGCAGAUAUUACAUUGUUCACUUCUCAAUGCUUUUUUAAUUUUCAUGAAAAAGUAGAUAUUAUUAAGACGUAGGCAUUCGGCAAUGUGGUAUUAUUAUCCGAUUAGAGUAUAUAUUAUUGAGAUAAUACGAUUUCCGACUUAACCAUUUAACAACAAAUAUAUUAUGUUUUGUCAGCAGCUGUACCUAAAACGUUGACAUUUAAUCAUACACUAUGCUAAUCUCUAAGCCUAUAUCCACUUUUCCUGACCAAUCAGAAACGAGUUUACAAAUAAAAAACAACCAAGCUUGUAGGUAGGUAUACUGUUAAAGUGGUGUUCACUUGAAGUCCAGACGGUCUGAACGCAGGAGCCGCCCCGGACGUGAAUAUAUUCUUUUUUACCCGUUCCUGUUUUUUCGGUCCGGUAAACUAAGAUAGACAGCGGCAGUUAGAGUUUUGAACGGGUAGACACAGUUUUACCGGUUGCUUUUUGGCACCAUGGCUCUUCAACUAAACCCGUUGUUUGGGUUACUGCUCAUCAUUUUUGUCACGACUGGAGACGUGGUGGCACAAAUGGGUGGUGGUAAUGACAAUUUGUUUUGCGGUCAAAACCCUAAGACGGAAGUAUGCUGUGAUGGAAAACCGGCCCCUCGUGCUGGCAACGCCACGUGCUGCUGCGGGAAAGAAGGGACAUUUCCUGCAGAGAAACUUUACUGCUGUAAAGGGAAAAUAGUCGACAGACCACCAGAGCUCAUGGGUGUCGACUGUUGUACCUGCGGUUUCUCCAAGGCAGACAUCGUGUUUCUCACAGAUGCAUCAGAGAGUCUGUCCGAAGAAAACUUUGUAAAAAUGAUGAAAUUCAUGACAGACAUUGUAAGUUCAGUUGAUGACAGCGACACCGUACGCAUUGGCAGCGUGACUUACAACCAUUUUACUUACAUCAAUUUUUACCUGGAUCAGUUUAAAACGGCAAAGGGACUCGUUGAAGCCAUUGCAAAGAUUCCUUACCGUCGUGGAAGUACAGAUACCGCUGCGGGAAUCAAGCGUUGUAGAGAGGAUGUGUUCGUACAAAAGAAGGGAGAUAGACCGGAUGUUGCUAACAUUUUGAUUGUGAUGACAGAUGGUGCUUCUGACAGCCCAGCCGAUACAGCAAAAGAGGCUCAACUUGCUAGAGAUGCUGGAAUAAGGGUGGUGGUUAUAGGUAUUGGUGCAAAUGUUAAUAAAACAGAAUUAAAUCUAAUGGCAUCACCACCUACUGACCAGAACGUUUACCUCGCAAAGAACUUUGAUGUUGCUCUCUCGAAUAUCGAAUCCAGCCUCUUUGCAAGUACCUGCACAGACGUACCUAUUGGACCUCCACAAAACCUUUGCGGCAGAGAAACAUACGAUCCAGAUACAGAGUUGUGCUGCGGAACGAACAUUUUCCCGCUUGUUGGAGGAAAGAAUACCCGUUGUUGUGGUGAUGAUGUGUAUGAUGAUAAUUCCUUCAUUUGUUGCAAAGAAAAGCUUCAACCAAGAUUUGCUGGAAGAUUUACUGAAUGUUGUUGUUAUGAAUCAUAUGAUAGCCGGGAUUCUGUCUGUUGUGACACUCUCGUACAGCCAUUAAUUGCCGGGGAAGACACUGCAUGCUGUGGCAACAUAAGUUAUAACCAGAAGGAACGUUUCUGCUGUGCAGAUACUCUUUUCCCGCCAAAUUACCACCCGGACUGCUAUGAUUGUAAAGAUAUGUACGCCGUGCCAAAUUUUGACGAGGAUAAGAAAGUUUGUUGCGGUGGUAAAUUAUUUCCUGCUGUAAACGGCAACUUGACAUGCUGCUGUGGGCAAAAACCGUUUAACUCUGAUAAACAGAUUUGCUGCGGAGGAAGAAUACAAGACAGAAAUGGUGGCGAAAUUGCGACAUGCUGUGGGUCUGACAAUUUCAACCCAUCAAAAGACAUGUGCUGUGAUGACAAUGUGCAACCACUGAAAGCUGGAAAAGCGACAAGCUGUUGUGGACGAAAGAGUUACGAUCCAAAGGCAGAGCUAUGUUGUGACGAUAAAUCUGUUGUUAACAGAGAUAAGCCAACAGAUACAUGCUGCUGUGGAAAUACAAGUUACACAACUUCACAAAUGAUUUGUUGUGGAGGUAAAAGAAAUACCUUAUACAAGAGAGGUAGUCAGUGUUGUGGUACUACCAGCUUUGAUUCUUCAAAUUUCAUCUGUUGUGAAGGGUCAGUACAAAAAAUAGUAGGAAAAUUGGAGACCAGAUGCUGUGGUCAGAAAAGCUAUGAUGCAAAAGGACAAAUGUGUUGUGAUGGCAAAAUUGUAAACAAAAGAAACGGGGCAGAUGAUUCAUGUUGUGGUAAUACAACAUUUGAUUCCAAAACAGAAGUGUGUUACCUUGGUGUUCCAGGAAAGUUAUAUGGUUCCGGAACUCGGUUCUGUGGUACGAAAUCUUAUGACGUGGAAACUUCAAUUUGCUGUGGAGGAAAAGUGUACAGCUCUGAAGGAAAUAAAGGAGUAGAUAAAUGUUGUGACAAUGUUCCGUUCGAUUCAAAAUCCGAAAUUUGUUGCGAUAACAAAGUAAGAUCACUUAAUAAACCAGGAGAUGACUGUUGUUGUGGAGACAAAGGAACUUUCAACGCAGUAUCUGAGAUCUGCUGUGACGGUAAAGCCCAAAAACGUGUAGCAGGAGAGAAUACACAGUGUUGUGCUCAGACUAGCUAUGACCCAGACACAAGUGUCUGUUGCAACGGGAAAGUAUCUAAAAAAGCAUCUGAAGGUGACAACUGGUGUUGUGGCAAAACAACAAUGGACACAAAUAAAAUGAUAUGCUGUUCUGGAAACCCUGAACCACUUUACAAAGGAGAAACGGCCUGUUGUAAAGAUAAAAGCUAUGAUACCACAAAACAAGUUUGUUGUGAUGAUGGUACAAUCCAAGACAAGAAAGAUCCUAAGGAUGACUUCUGCUGUGGAAAGACAUCUUUUGAUCUCGAAUCAGAAAUUUGUUGCGAGGGUGUUCCACAACCCGUGCCCGAUCCAAAAUUCGGCAGAUGCUGUGGUAAACAAGGUUAUGACUCGAGAAAAGAAAUGUGUUGUGACAAGAAACCAAUACCUAAAGUUGAUAAGGAUGAUAACUGUUGCUGUGGAAAUACAACUAUGAACACAGAGACACAAAUAUGCUGUGAAGGAAUUCCUCAAAAACUUGUUGCUGGAGCAUUCACAUUAUGUUGUGGCCCUGUCAGUUUUGAUUCUACAAAAUUCUUAUGCGUCUAUGGCGAAUUGAGAAAGAAGAGAAAUAAGGAUGACAACUGGAUUUGCGGUGAUACUACAAUGAACACAGUAACUGAAGUUUGUUGUAUGGGACAGCCUAGGGAUAAGAAGGGUGCAGACACAAAAUGCUGCAAGGAUCAGAGUUAUGAUGGUUCUCAGUUUGUUUGCUGCGAUGGAGACACUUUAGUCAAGAAGGCAAACAAAGACGAUAACUGUUGUUGCGGAAAAACCACUUUUAAUACGAAUACUCAAAUAUGUUGCCUGGGUAAACCACAGAAACUUUAUGGUAAAGAAACAACAAAAUGCUGUGGUGAGGAAAGUUAUGAUGCUGAAAAACAGGUCUGUUGUCCUGAUAAUACUGUAUUUGCUAAGAACAAUAAAGGAGAUGAUACUUGCUGCGGUAAAACGACAAUCAACUCGAAAUCACAAAUAUGCUGCCAAGGCGUUCCUAACAAAAGCUUUGGAGAUAUGACAUCCUGUUGUGGAAAUGCAAGCUACGAUACCACGACGCAUAUAUGCUGUGAUGGAAAGAUUGUAAAGAAAAACAACAAAAAUGAUGAUAGCUGUUGUGGUGAUACAACUAUGAAUUCUCAGAAUCAAAUUUGUUGUGAGGGCGGUCCAAUGAAAUCAUAUGGUCCGCUUACUCGUUGCUGCGGUAAAGAGAGUUAUGAUCCAACAAAAGAGCUUUGUUGUGAUGGAGAAAAAAUAAUAAAGAAGAAAGACAAUAACGACAACUGUUGUUGUGAUGAUAAGCCAAUGAAUACAGAAAAGGAAAUCUGCUGCGAAAAUACUGUCCAGCCUGCCCCAGCAGGACCACAGAAAACAAAAUGCUGUGGUAAGGUAAGUUAUAAUCCAGAAACAGAAAUGUGUUGCGAUGGGGCAGUCACAAAGAAGGGUAGCAAUGAUGAUGACUGUUGUUGUGGCAAAACAUCAUUUAAUACAGAAAAAGAAGUUUGCUGUCAAGGAGCAAUUCCGCAAAAGUUAUAUGAGGGACCAACACUUUGCUGCGGCGACGUCAGUUAUGAUACAACAAAGUUUUUAUGUAUAGAAGGUAAACUUUUUAAAAAAAGAUCAGCCGAUGACGAUAGAUAUUGCGGAGAAACAACAUUUAACUCACAGAAAGAAAUAUGCUGUGAUGGGAACCCAAGCCAACUUUUCAAAAACACUGAUUGUUGCGGAAGCAAAAGCUACAAUACAGACGAACAAGUUUGUUGCGAAAACCAAGAAAUUAGAAAGAAAUCAAGCAAUGGGGACGACUUCUGUUGCGGAAAGAUGACUGGAAACUCAAAGAAGGAUAUGUGUUGCGAAGGGGUAUCACAGCCAAUCAAAAAUGGAGAUUUUUCACAGUGUUGUGGUAAAGAGUCAUAUGACUCUGAAACAUCUAUAUGUUGUGACGGACUUGUCAGGAAGAAAGAACGUAAAGGAGACAACUGCUGUUGUGGCAAAUUAACAAUAAAUACUGCAGAACAGGUGUGCUGUAAUGGUAUACCUCAGCCAUUGGAAAAGGGUCUUGAGACAAAGUGUUGUGGUCCUAAAAGUUUUAAUCCUGACGAUUUUGUUUGCUGUGAUGGAACCACGCUGACUAAGAAGAGAAACAAAAAUGAUAAUUGGUGUUGCGGAAGUAGCACAAUAGAUAUGACAAAAGAAAUCUGUUGCGAGGGCAAUCCAGACGAAAAGAAGGGAGGAGACUCCGCUGCAUGCUGUGGAAAUGCCAGUUACGACCAAUCAAAAAGUGUAUGCUGUGACAGUAAUAUAGUUAAAAAGAGAAAUGGAAAUGACGACGGAUGUUGUGGCACUACAACAUUAAAUGUAAACGCUGAAAUUUGCUGUGAAGGGAAGCCUAGAGAACGAUUUGGUGGAAGUAAAUACACUGCGUGUUGUGGCGAUGAAAGCUUCGAUACAAGAAAAUCUGUUUGUUGUGACGGUAACGUAAGGGACAAGGCUAACAAUGAUGACAAUUCGUGCUGCGGGAAAACAACGUUUAAUGCAGUAACACAAAUGUGCUGUGAUGGAAAACCAAGUGAUAAGAAAGGAAAAAUGCCAAAAUGUUGCAAUGAUAUGUCAUACGAUGCUGACAAUGAAAUUUGUUGUGAUGGACAAAUAAGGGAGAAGAAAGGUAAAACCGAUGAUUGCUGUUGUGGAAAUACAACUAUGAGUUCCACAUCUGAAGUUUGUUGUCUUGAUACACCUCAGCCUGCACCCGGAGGUGCGUUCCAUAGAUGCUGUGGAAAGACAAGUUAUAAUCCAGAUAACUUUGUUUGCUGUGAAACUGAUAAACCACAGAAAAAACGAGACAAUAAAGAUAAUUGGUGUUGCGGGGAAACUACAUUCAAUUCUUUUAAAGAAGUAUGUUGCCAGGGCACAACACCACAACCUAUGCGCGGAGAAAAUACUAAGUGUUGUGGCCUAGAAAGCUACAAUCCUGACGAGGCACUUUGCUGUGACGGCGAAAUAGUUAAGAAGCGCGAUUCCAAAGAUGACUGCUGUUGUGGUGACACAACAAUAAACACACAAAAAGAAAUAUGUUGCGCUGGAAAACCACAGCCCGGAGGAGCCAAUUCCGACUGCUGUGGAAAUGAAAGCUUUGAUGUCAAAAAGGAGAUAUGCUGCGGAGGAAGUGUACGGGCAAAGAAGAACGAAGCUGAUGACUGUUGUUGUGGUGACACAACAAUUCAAGCAAAAACAGAAUUAUGCUGCAAUGAUGUUCCACAAAAGCUGAAAAAUGGUGGAUUAACUAAAUGCUGCGGAAAUGUUAGCUACGAUUCAGUUACUGAAAUAUGCUAUGAAAAUGAAAUUAGGAAGAAGAGAAACAAAAAUGAUAAUUGGGUAUGUGGCGAAACGACUAUGGAUACAACAAAAGAGAUAUGCUGCAAUGGAAAUCCUCAAGAUGCUGUAGCGGGUGAAGACACUCGUUGUUGUGGUCAAAACGGGUAUGAUCCCAGUAAAUUUGUCUGUUGCGAUGGGGAUAAUCUGGUAAAGAAAAGAAACAAAGAUGACAAUUGCUGUUGUGGAAAAACAACAUAUAACACAGUUAUGGAAUUUUGUUGCAAUGGAAAACCUGGUAAAAACUAUGGCCCAAGCACACUUUGUUGCGGUGAAGAGAGCUAUGAUGGUGAUAAGUUUAUUUGUUGCGAGGGUCAAAUUGUUAAAAAAAGAAAUCCAUCUGAUGAUUGCUGUUGCGGAAAAACAACCAUGGAUGCUUCAUCGGAAACAUGCUGUGACGGAACACCGCAACCUUUAUCAGGAGGUGCACAAUACACAACGUGUUGUGGUAAACAGAGCGUCAAUACAAUAAAAGAACUUUGUUGCAACGGUAAAGUUAUUCCAAAGGCUAAACCAAGUGAUGACUGUUGCUGCGGAAGCACAACCGUUGACGCGGUCAAUAGCAUUUGCUGUAAUGGGAUAAACCCGCAACCACGUUUUGGCGGAGCUGAUACAAAAUGCUGUGGUGAUAUUAGUUUUGAUCCAGCUAAAAUGGUUUGUGUAGACAAUGAUGUUCUUUUAGAAAAACGAAAUCCAAAUGACAAUUGGAGUUGUGGUAAAACAACUAUGAACACAAAUACUGAAAUAUGCUGUAUUGAUACACCUGUACCAAUACUAGGUAAAAUUACAAGAUGCUGCAAGAAAGAUAGCUAUGACGCAGAUACACAGUUAUGUUGUGACAAUGGCGUCAGAGGGAAGAAGUCUAAAGACGACACAUGCUGUUGUGGAACGGAUAUGACAUUUAAUCCCGACAAAGAAAUUUGUUGUGAAGGAACAACACCACAACCUCUAAAGGGAAGCAACACUAAAUGUUGUGACACUGUAAGCUAUGACCCCGCUGAAUUUCUUUGUGUUGACGGUAAAUUAAUUAAGAAAAGAAAACCCGGAGACGAUUCUGUUUGUGGAAAUACUACAAUGGAAAAUUCAGAAGAUAUUUGUUGCUUAGGUAACCCAAGAAAAAGGACGGGCGGAGACCAAUCCGACUGUUGUGAGGACAAGAGUUUCGAUUUAGUAUCCGAAAUAUGUUGCGAUGGACAAAUACGUAAAAAGAAGAACGAAAAUGAUGACUGCUGCUGUGGAGAUACAACGAUGAAUGCAAAUACAGACAUUUGCUGUGAUGGAGUUCCUCAACCAAUAACAAAGAAAGGAAACUGGAAUUGCUGUGGAACAAAGGCCUACAACAAUGAUGAGGAAGUCUGUUGUGAUAUGGAAAUCAAUAAGAAAAAAGACAAAAAUGAUGAUUGGUGCUGCGGUGAUACGACUAUGAACACAAAAGAAGAAGUUUGCUGCAGUGGUGUUCCGAAUAAAUCAUAUGGCAAAAAGACUAGAUGUUGCCUUGAGGUUAGUUACGACUCCGAUGUGUUUAUGUGUUGUGACGGAGAUCAGCUUGUAAGCAAAAGAAGCAAAAAUGAUAAUUGCUGUUGUGGGAAAACAACAAUGAAUACAGAAACAGAAAUUUGUUGCGAGGGUGUACCUCAGCCAAGUUUUGGAGAAAGUACAAGAUGUUGCCAUAAGCAGAGCUAUGAUUCUGACAAAUUCCUCUGCUGUCCAUAUGGACAGAUGGCACUAAUCCCUAAACAAUCCAAAAUGGACGAUGAGUGUUGUGGAAACUCAACAAUUAAUGCAAGGAAACAAAUAUGCUGCGAUGAAACGCCUCAAAAUCUCGUAGGUGGUGAAGAAAUGACUUCUUGUUGUAAAAAAGAAAGCUUUAAUAUGGCUAAAGAACUUUGUUGUGAUGGCGAAGUAAGGCAAAAGAGAAAGAAUGAAGAUGAUGUUUGCUGUGGGGAAACCACCCUUAAUGCAAGAAAAGAGUAUUGCUGCCUUGGUGUUCCACAAAAAUCUUACGGAGAAUUAACAGAUUGCUGUCUUGAUGUGAGUUUUGAUCCAAAUAAACAGGUUUGCUGCGAUAACAAAGUGAUUGACAAAUCUGAUGACAGUGAUGAUUGGUGUUGUGGAAAAACAUCAAUGAACACAAAUAAUGAGAUAUGUUGCGAUGGUAAGUUUGUUCAGCCAGCUAAAGGUGGUAAGAAUGCAAGAUGUUGUGAUAAAGAAAGUUACGAUUCUGAAACUGAGAUGUGCUGUGAUAACAACAUUAUACCAAAAGCAGGAAAUAAAGAUAAUUGUUGUUGUGGAAAUACAACUUUUAAUACUGAAACUGAAGUUUGUUGUGGUGGUAUUAUGCCACAGCCAAAGAAAGGCCCAAAUACACAAUGCUGCGAUCUUGUAAGUUAUAACCCGGAUGAACAGUUAUGCUCUGAUGGAAAAUUGUAUGACAAACGGGAUAAAAACGACGAUGGAAGAUGUGGGUCUACAACAUUAAAUACACAGAAAGAAGUAUGUUGCAUUGGAAAACCUAGGCCUGGAACUUUAGCAACUUCAGAUUGUUGUGAAGAUCAGUCUUAUUCGCUUAAGGAUGAGGUGUGUUGUGAUGGCAAGAUCAGACCAAAGAAAGAUUCACAAGAUGACACAUGUUGUGGAAACACGACAGUAAAUGCUAAGAACGAAAUCUGUUGUGAUGGUGUUCCUCAACCAGCAAAAAGUGAUAUGUGGAAAUGUUGUGGGAAAACAAGUUAUGACGAGGAAAACUUUUUAUGUUGUGACUUGACAAUAACAAAGAAACGCGGCAAAACUGAUAAUUGCUGCUGUGGAAAGACAACAUUUGACAACAGGAAAGAAGUAUGCUGCAUAGACACACCACAGCCAUCAUUUGGAGACGAUACACAAUGCUGUGUUCGGGAAAGCUACGAUCCAGAAAAAUCUAUUUGCUGCGGAAAUGCUGUAUUUAAAAAGUCUGAUAAAGGAGACAAUGGAUGCUGUGGAAAUAAAUCACUAAAUACAAACACUGAAAUUUGCUGUGAUGGUUUGUAUGUUGAACCAGCAAAGGGUGGCAAAAAUGCACGAUGUUGCGGAAAAGAAAGUUAUGAUUCCGAAAAUGAGCUUUGUUGCGAUAUGGAAAUUACAAAAAAGAAAGAUAAAAAUGAUAACUGGUGUUGCGGCAAAACAACAUUUAACACUGAAAAUGAGUUGUGCUGUGAUGGCGUUAUGCCACAGAAAAGUUACGGCUCGAAUUCAAAAUGUUGUGGAAAAGUAAGUUAUGAUGCAGACAAGCAGUUAUGCUGUGACGGAAACCUUGUUGACAAAGUCACCAAAAAUGAUGAUUGCUGUUGUGGAAAAACAACAAUUAAUUCAGAAAAACAAAUUUGUUGUGAUGAAACCCCCCAACCUGGUACAAUGGACAAUAAUGGAUGUUGUAUGAAUACAAGUUACAGUUUUGAAAAUGAGGUAUGUUGUGAUGGAAGCAUUAGACGCAAACGUGACAAGGGUGACAACUACUGUUGUGGUGAAUCAACUCUUGACACAGCAAAUGAAAUAUGCUGUGAUGGAAAUGCACAGCCCGCGCUUGGAGGUCGUUUCUCAAAGUGUUGUGGAAAGAAAAGUUAUAACUCAAAGACCCACAUUUGUUCUCAACGAGAUUUCAGAAUAGUCGAAAUGGCAAAUGAAGGAGACGACUGGAUUUGUGGUGAUACAACUUACAAUACAGAUACCAUGGUAUGCUGUAUAGAUACACCUCAACCGUCCUUUGGACAAGGUACAAGGUGUUGUGUCAGAGAGAGUUAUGAUCCAGUGAAGGCUAAAUGCUGUAAUGGAACUGAUAUUACGGAAAAGGCAACAAGACGGGAUGAUUUAUGUUGUGGUAAAGCAACGCUGGACUCAGACAAACAAAUUUGUUGUGAAGGAGAAGUCAAAGAAAAGGUAGGCGGUGAGAGAACGCGUUGUUGUCAUACAGAGCCAUAUGAUCCAAAUAUAUUUUUAUGUGAUUUUAAAAAUCUGAUGAAGAAGAGGAGCAAGGAUGACAAUUGUGUAUGUGGUGAAACUACAUUUAAUACUGUAACAGAAAUUUGCUGCGAAGGAAUCCCUAGAAAACUUGUAGGAGGUUCUUUAACUGCUUGCUGCGGAAAUCAAAGUUAUUCAAUCGAAGAAGAAGUUUGUUACAAUAACGAAAUAAGGAAAAUGAACAAUCCAGGAGACGAUGCAUUCUGUGGAAAAUCAACAAUGAACACAAACACACAGGUAUGCUGUGAUAGAAACCCACAAGAUGCCGUUGCUGGUGCUGCUACACGUUGUUGUGCUGAUAUUAGCUUUGAUCCAUCCUCUCAUAUCUGCUGUGACGAUGGUGUUCGAAAAUUGAAGAAUAAAGAUGAUAACUGUUGUUGUGGUGAUACCACGUUUAAUACAAAUAACAUGGUAUGUUGUGAUGGUUCCGUGCCACAAGAAGCGAAAGGAGGUGACAAAGCAAGAUGUUGUGGUAAGGAAAGCUAUGAUUCUCAAAAUUUUAUGUGCUGUGAUAUGGUUAUAACAAAGAAGAAAGAUAAAAAUGACAACGUUUGCUGUGGAAAUACUACGAUGGACUCAAAAACUCAAGUCUGUUGUAUAGGCAUGUAUCCAAGACCAAGGAAAGGAGGUGAUCAAACAUUAUGCUGUGGUGACGACAGUUUUGAUCCUAAAGAACAGCUUUGCUGUGAAAAUAAACUGAUGAAGAAAGACAACCCAGAUGAUGACUGUUGUUGUGGCGACCAUUCAAUGAAUGCUGCCAAAGAUAUUUGUUGUAAGGACAGUGUUCAGAAACUUGUCGGUAAAGAGUUUACAUCUUGCUGUGGGUCUGUUAGCUUUGAUACAAAAACACAAGUAUGCUGUAAUGGCGAAAUUAGAAAGAAAAAGAAUGAAAAAGAUGAUGGGUGUUGUGGUAAAACAACUAUCAAUGCUAAAUCUGAACUAUGCUGUGAAGGGAUACCGCAACCUAUGGUAGGGGGUGUAGAGUUUUCUGAUUGCUGUGGUGACAAGAGUUAUGAUACCAGAAAUACAAUGUGCUGUGACAAAGAAAUGAGGAAAAAGAGAGAUAAUGGAGAUAAUUGUUGUUGUGGUGAUACAACAAUUAAUACAAAGAAGGAGGUAUGCUGCAAUGGAAAACCUGCUGAUGCUGUAGCUGGCAAAGAGACACAGUGCUGUGGUGAGGCAAGCUUUGACCCAUCGAAAGAAAUAUGUUGUGAUGGUGACAGUCUCAGAAAGAAAGCUGAUCCUAGUGAUAACUGCUGCUGUGGUAAGUCAACUUUCAAUACAAAAUCAGAAAUAUGUUGUGAUGGUGUACCUCAAGAACGUAAAGGAGGAAAGAACUCAAAAUGUUGUGGUACUGUAAGCUAUAAUCCAGAUAGUGAAUUUUGUGAUGAUGGUGAUCACCUUAUUACGAAGAGAAGCAAAGACGAUGACUGUGCUUGUGGAAACACAACAAUGAAUACAAAUACAGAGGUAUGUUGUCAAGGAAAACCUCAACCAAAAUACGGAGAUACAACAGAUUGCUGCGAAGACAAGAGCUAUAAUAGAAACACACAAGUAUGCUGCGAAAAAAAAAUUAGGGAAAAGAGAAAUAAGAAGGAUGAUUCGUGUUGUGGUAAAACAACAUUUGAUACAGCCACCGAAAUUUGUUGUGACGGCAUGCCGCAAGAUCAGAAAGGACCAUUUACAAGAUGUUGUGGACAAGUAAGCUACGAUCCAAGAAAAGAAAUGUGUUGCGAUGGAAAAUUAAGACCAAAAGUGAAUGCUGAUGAUGAUUGUUGUUGUGGCAAAGUUACAAUGAAUACACGAUCUCAAGUAUGUUGUAAUGGUGAACCUCAGAAAUCUUUUGGCCCUGAAACAAGAUGUUGUGGUGAGUCAAGUUUCAACUCUAAAACAGAAAUCUGCUGCGACAUGAAAAUUGUGAAGAAAUCUAAUAAUGACGAUAACUGUUGCUGCGGAAAGGAUAAAACUUUUAAUACUAAAUCGGAAGUCUGUUGUCAAGGUUUAUUCCCACAACCAGCAGUAGCAGGUGAUAAUACAAAAUGUUGUGGACCUAAAAGCUAUGAUCCUCGUAAACAGUUAUGUAAUGAAGGUAAAUUAAUGGAUAAGAAUAACCCUGCUGACGACGGAGUUUGUGGGAAAACAACGAUUAACCUUGCAAAUCAAAUUUGCUGUGAUGGAAACCCAAGACAGUCAUUUGGCGAGAAAACUUCUUGUUGUGGUGAUAUAAGCUUUGAUACAGACACACAAGUAUGCUGCGAUAAAAAGGUCAGGGAUAAAAAAUCUAAAAAGGAUGAUUGUUGUUGUGGUAAAACAACAAUGGACGCUCAAUCUGAAAUAUGUUGUGAUAGUACCCCACAACCUCUUGUUGGCGAUGAAUUCACUGAUUGCUGCGGAAAUGUGAGCUAUGACACAAGAAAAUAUGUUUGUUGCGAUGGUGCUCUCGUAGAAAAACGCAAAGGAAACAGCAAUAAAUGCUGCGGAAGAACAACAAUGGAUUCAAGAACGGAAAUAUGCUGUGAUGGUAACCCACAAGAUGCUGUUGCAGGUUCUGAAACAAUGUGUUGUGUUGAUAAAAGUUAUGACCCUAGUGUUAUGUUUUGUAUGCAAGAUGGGUCAUUAAGGAAAAAACGAAAGCCAGAUGAUAAUUGGUAUUGCGGAAAAACAACGAUGAAUGUUAAUAUUGAGAUAUGUUGCGAUGGCGAACCUCAAGAAAUGAAAGGCGGAGAAAAUGCUAAAUGCUGUGGAAAAGAAAGUUAUAAUUCUAAAUCACAAGUAUGCUGUGACGGAAUAAUAAGAGACAAAACAAACCCCAAUGAUGAUGCAUGUUGUGGCAAGAAAACGAUAACUUCUACAAGAGAAAUUUGCUGUUUAGAGGUAACACAGCCUGGAGGUCAAUACAUGACAUGUUGUAAGGAUAAGAGCUUCGAUACUAGAGAAGCAUUAUGCUGUGACGAUGAGCCAAGAAAAAAGAAAGAUAAAUCCGACAAUUGCUGUUGCGGUAAGACGUCCUAUGAUACAAAUAAAGAAAUUUGCUGUAUGGGAACUCCACAACCCCUUAAGGGUAAAAAUAAAGAAUUAACAAAAUGUUGCCUUUCUGAAAGUUAUGACUCGGUUACAGAAAUUUGUUGCGACGGAAAGAUAGUUAAGAAGAAGAAAGAUAGUGAUAACUGGUGCUGUGACUCAAAACCAUAUGAUACAAACUCUGAGGUAUGUUGUGCUGGCGACGCAAUUGAUAAGUCAUAUGGAUCGAACACUCAAUGCUGUGGAAGAAAAUCUUUCGAUACGUCAUCACAGGUAUGUUGCGAUGGCCAGAUAAGAAAUAAGGCAAAUAAAAACGAUGACUGGUGUUGUGGAAAGACAACAUUCGAUUCAAGCUCACAAGUAUGUUGUGAUGGCAUGGUACCACAGCAAUCAUAUGGAAAAGACACUGAAUGCUGUAAUGGGAAGAGUUUUGAUCCUUCAAAGCAUGUUUGUUGUGAGGGUAAGCUUAUAGAAAAGGCAAAUAAAAACGACGACUGUUGUUGUGGCAAUAAAUCAAUCGAUUCAAAGACACAAAUUUGUUGCGAAGAUACUCCACAACCAGUUGUUGGUGAUUUCGAAUUCACGUCAUGCUGUAACAAAGUAAGUUUUGAUACUCGUAAGUCUCACUGUUGCGACGGGAAGGUGACCAAAAAGCGUAAUAAUGAUGAUGAUUGCUGUUGUGGAAGCUCAACUUUAAAUGCUAGAAAACAAAUUUGCUGCGAAGGAAACGCAAGAGAUCUUGUUGGUAAUGAAUUUACAAAAUGUUGUGGUAGUGAAAGCUACGACUCGAAUAAAUUCCUAUGUCAAGAUGGCGAAUUAAGAAAAAUGGCUAGUGCUGGAGAUAAUAUGUUCUGUGGAAAGACAACUAUUAACACAAAUAAACAAAUAUGUUGCAAUGACAAUCCUGCUAAUAUUCUAAAAGGACCAACUUUAUGUUGUGGGAAAGAUAGUUAUGCCACAGACACUCAAGUAUGCUGCAGCGAUAUGAAGAUCUUUACAAAAUCUAGUAUGGAUGAUAAUUGGUGUUGUGGGAAGGACGCAACAUACAAUACGGACAAUGAACUUUGUUGUAAUGGUGUACCACAGCCGGCUGUAGGUGGAAGUUUUGCCGAUUGUUGUGAUGUAGUUAGUUAUGAUACAAGAAAACAACUUUGCUCCGAUAAUAAACUAUACGAUAAAAGAAACAAGGACGAUGACUGCAGAUGCGGAGAAACGACUUAUAAUACAGCGACAGAAAUGUGCUGUGAUGGUGUUCCAAGUAAACCAAAAGGUGACAUUAAAUUUGGCUCAUGUUGUGGAACAAACAGCUUUAAUACAGAACUUGAAGUAUGUUGCGGGGAAGAAGUCCGUAAGAAGGACAAGGCAAACGACGAUAGCUGUUGUGGUAAGUUUACCUUUAAUGCAGAGAAAGAAAUAUGCUGCGAUGACAUGCCUCAACCAAGAACAGCUGGUGACAAGACUAUGUGCUGUUUGAAAAAGAGCUUUGAUCCAGAAAAAGAAAUUUGCUGUAAGAAUGAUGUGCGAAAGAAGCAAAGCAAUGAUGAUAACUGUUGCUGUGGCGAUUCCACUUUCAAUACUAAAACUGAAAUUUGCUGUAACGACAAACCUCAACCAAGGAAGGGAGAUAAUACUAAAUGUUGUGAUACAGUUAGCUAUGAUGCUGAUAAGGCUAUUUGUUCAGAGGAUAACACACUUGUUACAAAGGCUAAUCCAGAUGAUGACUGGAUAUGUGGUAAAACAACAUUUAAUACAAAUAAACAAGUAUGUUGUCUUGGAAACCCACAACCUUUGUAUAAGGGUAAUACAAAAUGUUGUGUUAAAACGAGUUACGAUGAGGAUGAAAGUAUCUGCUGUGACGACGAGGUUGUUAAAAAGUCUAAAAAUUCAGACAACGCUUGUUGUGGUAAGAAACCACUAAAUCCAAGUUCACAGAUUUGCUGUCAGAACGAGGUUAGAGACAGAACUGCCGGUGCAGAGUCCAUGUGUUGUGAUGACAAGGAGUUUAAUCCAGCCAGCGAAGUAUGUUGCGAUGAUCUAAGAAUUUUGAAGAAGAAAAGCAAAGACGAUAACUGCUGUUGUGGAAAUAUGACCUUCAAUACUGCUUCUGAGGUUUGUUGUGAUGGUGUUGCAAGUGCUGCACAAACAAGGGACGUAAGGGAAACUAAAUGUUGCGGAAAGAAAGCUUACAGCGUUGAUAAAUCUAUUUGUUGCGAAGGAGACGUUUUACAGGUUGCUAUUGGAGGAGUGAAAAACACGCGCUGCUGCAAAGAUAUUGCUUACGAUAUUACACUAAUGGUUUGCUGUGACGGUAAACUAAGAAAGAAGGAUAAACCAGGGGACAUGUGGUGUUGUGGACAGGGAACGUAUAAUCCUGGCACUGAAGUGUGUUGUCCAAACAAACCAUCCUAUGUAUCAGCGCCUUUGAAAGGCUCAAAUACACGUUGUUGCGCUGGUGAAAGCUACGAUGCCUCAAUGGAUAUAUGUUGUGAAGGUGUUAUACAACACGCAUGGCUCGGAACCAGAACACGCUGUUGUGGACAAAGAAGUUACAAUCCAGAAAGAGGUUUAUGCUGCAACAAUACUAUGAUUGAGAAAACAUUGCCUUGGGAUGAUUGUUGUUGUUGUGGAAAGACGUUCUUCAGUGCUAAACAAAUUUGCUGCAAUUGUGAAGUUAACGGUAAAUGCGGUGGUGCCGGGACGAAAUGUUGUGAUAAAGAGAGCUAUGACCCAGAACUUCAAAUUUGUUGCAAUGGCGUUAUUAAACCAAAGACAUAUGGAGAAGAAAGCUAUUGUUGCGGAGAAUAUGUGUAUACACCUAAACUUGCAUUAUGCUGCGGAGAUUAUGUGAAAUGGAAAAUGGGUAGAAUCACAUGGUAAAUGAGAUAAUAUCCUACAAUAUAUACCAAACCAAACUAAGUCAGAGCAUGAGUCACCUUAUCAUAUAGUAAAAACGUUCUUUAUCAUGUAUUUCGCGCUUCUGUCAUGUGUAUGCUUGUAAUGUAAAAAAUCAAACAUUUUAGUUUUAUUUCAUGAUAUUCACGUUGGUUUUAUAUCCCAAAUGUGAAAAUGCUGCAUAGUCAACGCACAAUUUGCUUUUCACAGUGUAAGUCAGUGAAAGCAAAAGGGUUUCAUAAGGUAUAAAUCUCACAAACUCUAUAAACCAUUUAUCUUUAUAUAUUUCAACAGACUGGGUUACUGAAUAACCAUUUGUUAGUGUAUAUUUUUCACACACAUGUCAUCAUAUCGUGUAUUCACAUUCAGCAUUCCAUUAUUUACGACGGUAUAUAGGAAAACUAGUUAAAUAUUUGUACAUCAAUUCAACACUAUUUGUAUUAAUUUCAUAACUAAAUAAGCCGACUUAAGUGAUUUGGUUGUUUUGAAGUUUAUGGUAACUGUCUCAAAAUUAUUCGUGACCAUCAAGCUUGAAUUUUCUCUGUUAUACUGACAUAUAUGUUGCUUUUCAUUUUUUGUCAAUUAUAUAUACAUAUAAAGUACCUCUCUUCUCUAAACACAACCAUUAAUAAAUGUGUCACUAUUAUUUUUUUAUUCAUGUUGUACCAUUAUUUAUCCAUUUAUGAAGUCAUUGUUAUUCUUUAUUCUUCGUUUCAUCUUAUUUUUUUUCAGCGCGAUGUAUAAUUACCCAUCCCGUACUUUCGCUUGAUCAAAUUUUUAAUUUGCUUUUUGCGACCCAUUACGUAACAUUUCCAUUUUAGCUUACAUAAUAUGAAAUGAAAAUGACUAUUUUCAAAAUCGACAUUUCUCAUGUGUAUGCAUUCAUGAAAACUUCAUUGACACAUUUAUAUCGACUGUUUUUAAUUCAUAUUGGUAAAAAUCAUGUCACAAAUCAACGCAUUCACUCAUUUAUCAAAUAAUUCAUUAUAUUUAUUGUUGGGAAUUAAUUAUUAAUUGGAUGUUAAAUGCCACAUACGUCUAUUGCAGCACAUAAUACCGAAAACAAUCUUUAAAACGAAACACCACGAAAUACCUCUACAGUGAGUUUAUAGGGCAAAUAGUGAAAAUAUCAAAUUUUGUGUAUUGUCUUUAAGUUCUUAAAUGUAUGCUCUUUUGAUUUCGUGUGCUGCAUAGACAUGUGUUAGUAGGUGUUUCUUUUUUCUUUCUUCUGUACAUUUCGAGGGCUAUACUAUUACAUUUGGAGAAAUAAAAUUGUAGUAAAAAUGC